UUGACAGUUCGGUAAGAUCUUCGAUAGGUACCUACCUACUUACGUUGCUGACCUUCCGAACUUCGAUAUCACCAAAUUUAAUGAUUGUAUCAUUCUAAUUAACGUCUUGCGAAGAUAACAACGUUGUACAAACAUAUAUUUGAUCGAGAAAAAUGUCAGGAGUUGUUACUGUGAACACAAAUCCCUAUGAGGGACAAAAGCCGGGUACGAGUGGUCUUCGCAAGAAAGUAAAAGUUUUUCUUCAAGAAAACUACACUGAAAACUUUAUUCAGAGCAUUUUGGAUGCUAAUAAAGAGGGAAUAGUUGGCUCUACCCUUGUAGUUGGAGGUGACGGCCGGUAUCUUGUGAAAGAAGUCGUUGACAAAAUUAUAAAAAUAACUGCUGCAAAUGGGGUAGCGAAACUUCUUGUUGGUCAAAAUGGCAUACUUUCAACACCAGCAGUGUCGUGUCUUAUCAGAAAAUACAAAACUCUUGGUGGCAUCGUCCUCACUGCGUCCCACAACCCUGGCGGCAUCAACAACGACUUUGGCAUCAAAUUCAACUGCAGCAACGGCGGGCCGGCCCCUGACCACACCACCAAUGAGAUCUAUGAGCUGACCACUAAGAUUGAGAAGUAUAAUAUCGUGCCCGAUUUGAAAUGUGCGAUUGACAAGAUUGGAGUGCAAAGUUUUACCGUGGAAGACCAUCAGUUCACAGUUGAAAUAGUGGACUCAGUACAGGACUAUGUCGACUAUAUGAAGGAAAUAUUCGACUUCCCCAAGAUCCGGAGUCUCAUCCAGGGUUCUGAGCAGAGGAAGCCGUUCAAUGUUCUCAUUGACUCCAUGAGUGGGGUAACGGGUCCGUACGUGAAACGCAUAUUCGUUGACGAACUUGGCGCUUCGGAGAACAACGUCAGAAGAACUGUACCGCUUGACGACUUUGGCGGCGCCCAUCCUGACCCGAACUUGACCUAUGCGGCCGACUUGGUGGCCGCGGUCAAGAAUGGCGAUUACGAUUUUGGAGCCGCUUUCGAUGGGGAUGGCGAUCGCAACAUGAUAAUCGGACGAGGGGCAUUCUUCGUGACCCCGUCGGAUUCCCUGGCCGUCCUGGCCAACAAUCUGCAGCAUAUCCCGUACUUCCAGAAGACGGGGGUCCAGGGCUACGCCCGCAGCAUGCCCACCGCCGCCGCCGUGGACAGAGUUGCAGAGAAAAGUGGAAAGGAGAUGUUUGAAGUGCCCACUGGUUGGAAAUACUUCGGCAACCUAAUGGACGCGGGCCGACUCUCUCUCUGCGGCGAGGAGAGUUUCGGCACCGGCUCCGACCACGUGCGGGAGAAGGACGGGCUUUGGGCGGCUCUAGCUUGGCUCUCAGUCAUCGCUGCAUCGGGGCAGUCGGUCGAGGACGUCCUGAGGGCGCACUGGGCCGAGUUCGGGAGGAACUACUUUACCAGGUACGACUACGAGGAAUGCGCAAGCGAUCCAUGCAACGAGAUGAUGAGAGUCCUGGAGGAGAACAUCACUCAUCCAGGGUUCGUGGGAUCCUCCCACUCCAGCGGAGACAAGACCUAUGUGGUGAAACUGGCGGACAACUUCUCUUAUAUGGACCCCAUUGACCGGAGUGUGGCUAUGAGACAGGGCCUGCGCAUAAUUUUCGAGGAUGGAUCCAGGAUCGUGUUGCGUUUGAGUGGCACUGGAAGCUCUGGUGCUACUGUCAGAUUAUACAUAGAUUCGUACGAGGCGACCAACGUUAUGGGUGACGCUCAAGUCAUGCUGCGUCCCUUGAUCGACGUUGCUUUACAAAUAUCCCAACUGAAGAAAUAUACCGGCCGCGACGCACCUACUGUUAUCACGUAAAUGUUGUAAUUUAUUUUGAAAUUUUUUUAUUGCAAUAGAUGUUUUUGUUUAUCUCCUUUAUAGUAGCUUUUUACGGUCACAUAAUAGAGAAUGUGUGGUUUUAUACCUAUGCAAUGUUUUGUUUUUUUAUUCCUUUUAAUUUAUUUAAUCCAACAUAUUAACUAUCUGCAUUUUGUAAAAACCAUGUUUUAAAAAAUUAAACAAUUUCUAUGAAAACAUUGUGCCUGUCGCGUGUGUGAGGUAUUUCUUAGUUUUAAGGUGAAAUAAUCAUAAUUUUCUUCCUAUAUUAAGAGUAAAGAGUUCAAAAUUAGGAUACCUCAGAUAUUAUAUUUUAUAUAUUUACUAAUAAUGAUGAAUUGCCAUUUUAAAAAUAAAUUUUGUAGCAAUUAUUUACACGGAUUAAGUAAGCCUUAAUGUAAUUUUUGGUUUACUUACUCGACGUUAUUACAUAAUAAUUACAUUUAGAUAUUAGACCAAUCAGAAAAAGGUAAUUUUCAAUUAUUUUCUAACCCGGAGAUCGAACCCGUACCCUUUGGUUUAGAGGCAAAAAUAUUGCCAUUGCGAAAAAGAAGCCGCUAUAAAAAGCGUUUGGAAUUUUUUGUUUUAAUUCUUUCAUUAAAAAUGUGAAGGUCAA